CCCGGCCUGCUACAGCCCGGGGAUGUCGCGGCGGGCCUUGAGGCGGCUACGGGGGGAGCUGCGCGGGCAGGCGCUGCCGGAGGUCGAAGAGGAGGAGGAGGAGGAGGAAGAAGAAGAAGAGGAGAAGCGGCAGCAGCAGCAGCCGUCGGCGGGGCCUGGGCAGGACGGGGCGAGCGCCAGGCGGAGGAAGGCCCGGCAAGAGCCGGGCGGGCGCGUCGCCAACCUCUUCGAGCUGAUAACCAGUGAUGAUCCUGAGGGUGAGCCAGUAUCCAUUGAGGAGAGAGAUGAUUCUAGGCUGCAGGAGGAGGGGCACACAGGGAACAAAGAAGAAGCUGAACUUGGAUGUUUGGAGAGUGACAGGGGGAAAGAUGGAGAAGAGGCGGAUCCAUCUAACAAGACGGCUGUAUCAAGUAACAAAUCACGGAAGAAGAAGAAGAAAAGAAAGAACAAGAAGAAUGCAGCAGGCGAGGCUCCCUGCCCCCAGGAUGAAAAUGAUGAUGCAGAAGACAUCGAGAGUAUCCUGGUGAGGCUUGAGAGCACUACAGGGCCAUGGUGCCAAAGCGAAGGCAGGGUCAUCGCAGACAGUCGGCCGCUGCUCUACGUGGAGCACAGGAACUUGAAUCCAGAAACUGAGCUGAAGAGGUAUUUCGGGGCCCGAGCGGUUCUAGGCGAUCAGAGGCCAAGGCAGAGGCAGCGGCCACAUCUCCGCAGCACGUGGCUGACAGUGCCCAAGAGUGCUUGGCCACGCCACAGCAAGACAGGUCUCUCCAUGCGGCUGCUUGAGUCCAAACGGGGGGUGCAGCACUUUGCGUUCGAGCACCACCGAGAGUACCAGCAAGUGCAGUUCAAGUUCUUGGACGCGGUGGAGUCCAUGGACCCCAACAACCUCGUGCUUCUGCUCCAGGUGAACCCUUACCACGUGGACUCGCUGCUGCAGCUCAGUGAUGUGUGUCGGAUGCAGGAAGACCAGGAGAUGGCCAGAGACCUCGUGGAGAGGGCCCUCUACACCCUGGAGUGCGCCUUCCACCCCAUGUUCAGCCUCACCAGCGGGACCUGCAGGCUUGACUACCGGAGGCCGGAGAACAGAGCCUUCUGCCUGGCCCUCUUCAAGCACAUGGUUUUCCUGGAGAAGAGAGGGUGUCCUCGCACCGCUCUGGAGUUCUGCAAACUCAUCCUCAGCCUUGACCCGGAAAAUGACCCCUUGUGCAUGCUGCUGGUGGUUGAUUUGCUGUCCCUUCGGGCGAAGGAGUAUGCCUUUCUCACCCGGAUGUUUCAGGAGUGGGAGAGUCACCGGAACCUCUCUCAGCUGCCCAACUUUGCCUUCUCCGUCCCUCUGGCCAAUUUCUUUCUGAGCCAGCAGGACGAUAUCUCAGAAGCCGAGUCCAGCCGAGCCCACGAGGAAGCCUCCAGCCUCAUUCGGCAGGCACUGGUCAUGUUUCCAAGCGUGCUGAUGCCUCUGCUGGACCUCUGCAGCGUGCAGCCGGAUGCGACGGUGGCUUCCCACGCCUUCUUUGGACCAAAUGCCCAGCUCAGUUCGCCUCCUGCCCUGAACCAGCUGGUGGCGCUCUACGUGGGGCGCACGCACGCCCUGUGGAAGGACCCGGCGGUCAUGGCCUGGCUGGAGACCAACGUGCACGAAGUCCUGCGGGUGGUGGAUGCCCACAGCCCCGUCUUGGAGGAGGCCGAGCAGAAGCGGAAGGUGCGGUACCAGAGUGCUCCUAGGAACAUCUACCGCCAUGUGAUCCUCUCAGAGAUCAGGGAAGCCACUGCAGCGCUGCCUCCGGAAGUGACUUCUCAGCCUAUCAUGGGGUUUGAUCCGCUGCCGCCUCUGGACUCCAUUGUGUCCUACACUCGCCCAGAAAGGGCAGAUCGUCCAGCCAACGAAAGCGCUUUGUCCCUCUUCUUUCGCUCGCUGCUGCCAAACUUCAACUUACAGGGAGAAGUCGGAGCUGCUGGCGCAGAGGAGCCGGGUGCAGGGCAGGACCUGAACCAGGGGGUGAACAGGCUGAUGGCAGCCAUGCGGGACAUGCUGGCCAACAUCCAGUUCCAGGAGCCGCCGCGUGACGACAAUCCUGAGGGGGACGGUGGGGAGUGGGACUGACCCCGAGCCCCCGGCCCCCCCUCCCCUGUAACCUCCCUUGUUGUGUAAUAAACAGGCCAAAGCAGCAGGAGGAAGAGGAGGGGGGGUCUCUGUGCCUGCCCCACUCACACGCUGGAUCCUCUGGCUCAGGGGUGGAGCAGGCGCUUUGCGUGGAGAGCGACUUCCCGGCACAGAGGCCGUUGAGCUAAGUGGACCCCCGGGAAUAAGGGCUCCGGGCUCCGUGGUGGAGGCCCUGCUCCACAUGCGGGGAGUUCUGGGUGCAAGCGGAGGUCUGGGGAGGCACCGAUGCUUCUCCUGUGUCCCCUCACCUCACUUUGCAUCUCCAGAGAGGCUCAUGGAGGAAAUGUUGCCUUGAGAUCCAUAGCCUGUCCCAUCCCAAGAGUUUGUGCAGUGAUGCUGAUUCUGCUCGAUGAGGCAGAGGGGUGUAGCAGUUAGGCGGUGUGGGCCUGGGUUCACAUCUGUACUGGCGGUGUGGGCCUGGGUUCACACCUGUACUUGGUCCCAGUCUCUUUCUUGCAGGGUAGUUGUGAGUAUAAAAUGGUGAAGGAAGAGAGGUAUGUGUCCCUCCCGCCUUUGGAGGGCAGGUGCAAUGCAACCACACUGGGUGAAGUUGGGGGUCGCUUUUAGAGGCCCAGAAAAUCCCCUGGCUGUCAUGCAAGCUCUGUUGGGUACUUGGCCGAAGUAGGGAGUGGAGGUGGUCAACUAAAUUCUCGGUCAGUAACGUGCUGGCACUGCGAGGGCGGCCACUGCUCCUCGGUCUGUGGGUAUGUUCCUGGUUUUCCUCUUCUGAACAUCCGACGCAGCACCUGGGGGACCACCUGCUGGUGCAGCUCACGUGAGCAGCAGUUCUGCACUGACUGUGACUACCGAGAGAGGGAAGCUCCCUGCACAGAAAGAGCCGCUGUGCUGGAAGUCUGGCCGGGCCUGUGAAGCCACCCAAAUCUUUACCUUGGGGUCCAGCUGCCCUGGGAAGAUGGGUGCUACAGUCAUCCCAAAGCCAGGAUUAUUUUCCUUUCUGAGGAAAUGUUGGUCUUCAUGUGGAAGGUCAAACAAGGUAUGGAUAACAGGCACAGUAAACUAAAUAAAUCAGACCCGAAAGAAACUGCAAUA